CUCGUGCUCGUGCCCGUGCCAAGAGCAGUAUUUAAACAACAUCAUCAGCAGGCAAACGACAGGAAAACAGCACCAUGACGCACUGGGAGGACUUCUACAAUACACAUCUGCCGCCCGCAGACUUCGAGGAUAAUCGUUCGCUGCUCAAGGAGUUCUGUGAGCGACACAAUAAGCUCCAGAACCGCAUUGUGCUCGUCACGUCGGGCGGCACCACUGUCCCCCUGGAGCACAAUACGGUGCGCUUCGUAGAUAACUUCAGCGCAGGCACGCGUGGUUCGGCGAGUGCCGAGUACUUUUUGGAUCAUGAUUAUGCCGUUAUCUUUAUGCAUCGCCACAAGUCCCUGGAGCCCUUCACGCGCCACUUUACCGGGCAACAGUUCUUCGACAUGCUCGAUAUAGCGGACAACAGCCAGAGCUCCACGAUAGCCAUCAAGCCAGACUCGGUGGAUGUGUUUGCGCCCGUACUGGCGAAAUACAAGAUUGCACGUGAGACCCAAAUGAUUCUGUACGUCAACUUCACCAGCGUCGUCGACUACAUGUGGCUGCUGCGCGCCGCCUGCGAGUGCCUGGCUGCGUUCGAGGAGCGCGCCGUGUUAUAUUUGGCCGCUGCUGUAUCAGAUUUCUACAUACCCGAGGACAUGAUGCCCACACACAAAAUGCAAUCGGGAGAUGGCGCACCGACCAUAUCGCUGCAAUUGGUGCCAAAAAUGUUGGCGCCGCUCGCCAGUCUAUGGGUGCCGCACGCUUUUGUGGUGUCCUUCAAGCUGGAAACGGACGAGAACCUAUUGAUUGUCAAGGCACGCGACAGCCUCAACAAAUACAAGCAUAAGUUGGUGAUUGCCAACGUCCUUCAGACACGCAAGCACCGCGUUGUCUUUGUAACUCCAACAGAUUCCUAUGAGCUGCAUUUGAGUCGCGAGCAGGCGCUGCAGGGCCUGGAAAUAGAGGAGCCCAUUGUGGCCGAUGUGGUGCAGAAACACAGCGACUUCAUCAGCAGCGCCCAGCAGCGACAAUGACCGUUGUCGAUGCGCCGCCGGCAACACCAGCAACAGCAACAUCAACAGCACCAGCAGCACCAGCAGCAGUACCGUCAGCUGGCGAUUGGCGGCGGCAGCAGCAGCAGCAACGAUGACACCGCCGAGGCAACGGACUAUUGCGUGACCAGUUCGCAUUAUUGUCGCGUCCUAAAUCCUGGCACGCCAACAUUCGGCCGCAAAUAUUGAGCAGGUUAUAGCGCCAAGUCCAUUUGCAUAGCCCUUACCUCUAAGUUGUAGUUAUCUAUACUAUUUAUGGUUAAUAUCUAUCUAUUUAUGGUCACGCCCUAGUUAGCCCGACCAUAAUUGAUGGAGAUGAUGGUGGUUAACAUGUUUUGUGUUUCAUAUGUAUAUUUUGUUUUUGUAUUUUUUUUGUACUUUUGUUGUUCAUUUAUAUUUGGCUUAUCGUUGCCUGUUUGAAAAAUGAUGUCACCUACAUAACGAAUUGUCUCUUCUAAGCUCGAAUCCCGUUUUCGUCAUUGCUGUCAUCAAGCAUACGCACCGUGUUGCCCGCAUUUUGGCAUUAAUCUGAGAUCAUCAAUUAUCUGUUUUAUUUAUGCUUGAAAGGGGGCAGAGCAUCGCGUAACUACUCUCCCACUUACCCACACACACACACACACACUCAGUCACCCCCGCACACACCCACACAGUGUGCACCUACACUUAUGCAACGGCUUCAUGAAACAGCAAUUUGCAGGCUGGCCCUGGCGGCUGUCGUUUGCAGGCAUUGCGACAAUUGAUUUACAAGCCGUGCAUAGCAAUAACUACAACAACAUAAACAACAACAGCUGCAGCAGGACCUGCCAAAUGUCCUUGGCUGUGGAAAUUUAUAGUGGCGUAUACUUAAUGCCUUGACGCUUGUCUGGCUCAAGCAGGUCAAGUGGCGUCUAAAGGUCAGUCUCAAAUACACAACACAACACACUUAACACACACACACACACAACAUGAACUUCUGACAGCUGCCAGCGGCAAAUUAAAAUUUAAUUGGGUAAAAAAAAA